UCAAGACUCUGAUACUAGACAAUGUAGACGAAACAAUCAUCUACCGGAUAUUCAGCCGGUAUAUCUUUGCCGACCAAAUAGAAAUACACAUUCUCAAUCAGUAUUUCCAGAAUCUAGCCAUUGCCCAAAUUCUCUCCCUGCCCAUAGCCCGGCCAAUAUCAAGGCUUGUGCUCAAUGACUUUGCCGAGCUGAACGAAGUCCGAUAUUAUAGGAAACCAGACACAAACAAAGGCUUCUCUCUCUUCAAGUAUAUUAAGGAAUUCAAAGAUAAGAGUGAAGAAGAUGAUGAAGAUAAGGGUGAUGAAGAUAAGAAUAAGAAUACGAAUGAUGAGACCGGCAGCUUGAAACAAGAUCUAGGCUUACACAAACUAUGUCUACUAGUAAGUAAAGCUGAAAAUAGUUCGUAUAGUAGUGUUUUAACUGAACUUACCAGCCAUGGCAUUCAUAGCGUCAUUGGCCCCAAUAAGCUUAGCCGAAUAAGCGUGGCUGCCUUGUUUAGCCGGGCUAUUAUGACACGCACUUCCCAUUUGCAGAUUUCAGGUAUUACUCUUGAGAUUUUAAACCCAUAUCUUGCUACCAACCGUUCUCUUUCCCAACCAAAUACCGAGCUAAACCAAGCUCUACAGCCACAGCAGUCUCCAUCCGAUGGCAAACCUGUCACCAAACUAUCUCUUUACUUUACUCGCAGUCAAACCAUAACUAUAACCGAUCUACUGAAUAUCCUCCGCUGGCUAGCUUACCAAUUUGUAGAUCUAACCAUUUUAACGCUAGCGAAUCUUAAGAUGACCGAAGAUACACGAAGACUAAUAGCCUCGAGUGACUAUUUAAUUGAUGGUUUGCCUAAGCUUAGAAAAGCACAAAUUAUACUUACUAACCCCGACAUUCCUCCAAUUAGCUUAAUUGUUCGGCCAUAUUAUGAUAGCUUCUUAAUUAAACAUCCCAAUCCCAGGUUUAAGUUCACAGCUAUAGCCAUCCCACUGCUAUUAACUUUGAUCGGCAAUUUAGAUAAGCUUAGCACUCUUAUUCCAAAAGAAGCUAGUUCUAAUGCCCCUCUCCAACUGAUCAUUAACCAUAUCAAAGGCCCCAAUCCCGAGCUUACUUGUACGAUUUGCAUGCGCAGCCUUUAUAAGUCGCCAAAAGAAGGGGACAGGGUAGAAUCAGAGAUCACAGGCCCCGAUGAUACUCCCGACCCCAUGAAUAGUUUCAUCGCACUCUGCUAUUCCCCAUGUCGGCACAAACUUUGUAAUGACUGUGUAUAUGGUAUUGAAGAAGCACUGGACAACGGAUGCCCGUUUUGCCGCUAUGCCAGCAAAGGCAAGAGUAUCUACAGACUUACAAGCGCCCCCUUAUCUAGUUUUGUCUUUGCCGAAGGCAGUACCCAAUCUCUUACCACCCACGAUGAAUGGCUCAAAAGCAUGGCCUGGAAUGACGGCCAAAUCUAUUUGUAUCUACCCUACAACAGCAUAUCCGACCUUACCGCUAAAAUCCAUAGCGAACAAGCCAACCAAAACACUCACCAAACUUACAUUAUACUUCCCUAA